GACAAAAGUGAUAUAAAUAAUCGUACAAAAAGAUCCGACGACGCGAUCACGGGGGAAACGCCACACCGGACCGGGGCAAAACGAUCGUGGGCACCUUCCUGUCCGAUAGGAUCGGGGUUUGGCGAUUUGGACCUUAAUAUAUGCGCAGUUCAGCGAAUGUUCGCGUCAGUUAUGAAUAAUAUAUUAAUAAAAAUAAUAUAUUAUGCUGAGCAGGGAUGGACACAUUUGAAAUGGCACAUUUUAAAUAAUAUGCACUUACCUUUGUAAAAUGAAGGCGACGUCAAAGCACACAAUUCAAAUAGUGGCGCGCAAGCUGAGGCUGGGCACAUGUCACGUGACGUGAGUAAUCUGAUUGGUUGCUCAAAUUUACCUUAAGCACCUCCCUUGUUGACCCAGGGACGCGUCGAACUCGGCAGAAUCAGGACGUGCUAGCCGUUCCAUUCGCAGCUGUUGCUUAAAGUCCCUAUUUCGUAAGAUUAAACUCCGCUGUUUUAGCAAACAUCCUGUUUCCAUGGUAACUUUGGAACUACUAGAAGCGCCGCUUGAUUACGUCAUAGAACAGACACAGAGUGAAGUGCUGGGAUUUGAAGGGAUCUGAAGAUAUGACUGAGCCAGCAGGAAGCAGCAGUGGGAAUGAUCAGGGAGGCAUGGACACUUCUCCUACAACCACUGAGAAGACCAGCCCAACAGAAAAUACCAAAGUGAGGAAGACCAACAAAAUCUGUGCAUUCUUCCGAAGAAGAUGGAAGGCUGUGAAAAAAAUCUUCCAGAAAAACAGAGUGGCGCCCAUUGGGAGCUCAGCACAGCCUGAUCCAGAAACAGUAUGUGUCCCAGGUCCAAGCGAUCCUAAACCAGAACUUCAGAUGGAUCUGGUUGAAGCAGAGCAAUUGUGUGUCCCAGAUCUAGUCUGUCUUAAAACAGAACAGCAAGUGGAAACAGAGCUUUCAAUAUUACAAAUGUAUAUCCCACAAAGUGCGAUCCAACUUCAGGAUCGCUUGGAGCAAUGUACACUGGACUGGACACCUAUCACCGAGGUCUGGUGCAAUGUCUUCAUUGGAAAUGAGGAGACAGCAAAGGACCGAGCAAAACUGAAAGAGAUGGGUAUAACCCACAUCCUGAACGCUACAGCAAGUGAGGAAGAUCUUUAUGGAAAGAUCAGUUCAAGGGAGGAAUAUUACCAAGGUAUGAACAUCACUUACUACAAUGUGCCUGCAGUGGAUGAAGUCUGGUUUAACAUCAGCGAGUACUUCUUCCCAGCUGCGGAAUUCAUCCACAAGGCCCUGAGUAACCCAGAGAAUAAGGUGUUGGUGCACUGCAUACAUGGUGUCAGCCGCUCUGCCACACUUGUCCUGGGAUACCUGAUGAUUCACCAUGGCAUGAUGGUGGAGCAUGCCAUUGACCAUGCCACAAACGUGAGAUGGAUUGGGCCCAACGUGGGCUUUUUGAAUCAGCUGACAGUCCUCAAUUCAGAUCUUGUAGAGCAGCAAAAACUACAAUUAAGAAAGCAGUUAGACAAAUCUAAAGAAACAAGGUUUUGAAACAAGGUUUUGAAGCCUGUUUUAAAGCCCCAGGCCCAAAACAAGAACCUCAAGGUAAAACAGAGCUUUUGCUGUUAAAAAAGCAUAUGAAGCAAUGCCAAGAAAAAUGUGCACUGGACUGGACACCUGUCACUGAGGUCUGGCCCAAUGUCUUCAUAGGAAAUGAGUGUUGGUGCACUGCAUAGAUGGUGUCAGAAGAUCUCCCACACUUUCUGAUGAUUCACCAUGACAUAAUGUUGGAGGAUGCCAUUGACCAUGUCAUAAAGGUGAGACGUAUCAGGCCCAACAUGGGGUUCUCGAAGCAUCUGAUAAUCCUCAAUUCAGAACUUGUAAGUCAGAGAAAACUACAGUU